CAGGACGGGACAUGGGUGACCGGAAGUGAGAGCCGUGAGCAGCGCCGUCGGGUCCACUCGCGACGCACGCAUGGAGCGCGCCGGGUCCCGGGCAGCGCUCCGACGGCUAAGCGGGACGCACUGGCUCUGCGGGGCGGAGGCUUUGCAGAACCGACUGGCCUCCCGACAGGGUGCGGGAGCAUGAGGCCGGGCCGCCCUGCUGGCGCCUGAACUGCGCAGAGCCCCGAGACGCGCCCGUCCUCGUCAUCGUCCUCACUGACAGCAUGGUCUUCUGUCUGGAGAGGGAGGAGGCGCGCCGCCCUCCGCAAAGUGCCAUGGUCCACUUCCAGGCAUCGGAAGUCCAGCAGCUGCUGCACAACAAGUUCGUGGUCAUCUUGGGGGACUCCAUCCAACGGGCUGUGUACAAAGACCUGGUGCUUCUGCUCCAGAGAGAUUGCCUGCUCACAGCUGCCCAGCUGAAAGCCAAGGGGGAGCUGAGUUUUGAACAGGACCAGCUGGUGGCCGGGGGCCAGCUGGGUGAGCUGCACAACGGGACACAGUACCGCGAGGUCCGCCAGUUCUGCUCGGGCUCCGGCCACCACCUUGUACGCUUCUACUUCCUCACCCGCGUUUACUCCGAGUACCUGGAGGACAUCCUAGAGGAGCUGACAUACGGGCCCACCCCAGACCUGGUCAUCAUCAACUCCUGCCUCUGGGAUCUCUCCAGAUAUGGCCGCUGCUCCAUGGAGAGCUAUCGGGAGAACCUGGAGCGAGUGUUUGUGCGGUUGGACCAAGUGUUGCCGGAUUCCUGCCUGCUGGUGUGGAAUAUGGCAAUGCCCCUAGGAAAGCGCAUCACUGGGGGUUUCCUCCUGCCAGAGCUCCAGCCCCUUGCGGGCACUCUGCGGCGGGACGUGGUUGAAGGGAACUUCUACAGCGCCACACUGGCUGGGGACCACUGCUUCGAUGUCCUGGACCUCCACUUUCACUUCCGACAUGCAGUACGACACAGGCAUCGAGAUGGUGUCCACUGGGACCAGCACGCACACCGCCACCUCUCACACCUGCUGCUGAACCAUGUGGCAGAUGCUUGGGGCGUGGAGUUGCCAAAGCGGGGCAGUCCCCGUGACCCGUGGAUUGAGGACUGGCCCAAGACGAAUCAUCCGUUCCAGGGGAGCCAUAAGCACCCCCCAGGCUUCGGGGAGCAGCUGGCCUGGCCCCUACCCCUGCCCUCUCCUUUUCCUCCCCCCAUAUCUUUCCGCUACUCCCUUCCUCAACCCUCGCCGCCUCCCCUGUUCCCCCCCCUGCCCCAGGAUGCCCCCCCUUUCCCAGGCCAGACCUUCCCACCCCAUGAAUUCUUCAAUUUUAAACCAAUGGAGGACUUCUCGAUGCCGCCCCACUUCGGAUGUGGCCCUGGAGUAAACUUUAUGCCUGGCCUCCUGCCGUCUCCAGUCCCUGGCCCCCAGGCUCAGCACCGGGGCCCAGUGGUCCACCGGGGGAUGCCACGCUGCAUUCCCAGAAGUCCCUACCAGGUGCCAAGAAUUGGGGUGCCCUGCAGGCAGCGGCCCAAACACUCAGACAAACUGAUCCAGGCAUAUAAACUGGACAGAUGGUCUGCGCAUUCCGGGACCUGGCCUGGGUAGCCUGGACCUGGGAGUGGGAUGUGCUGGUGGCCAUGCAGGGCCUGCCCACCACCCCAGGCACUGGACCAGGCUGUCUGCUGGGCCUGGCAUUGUUCUUACCCAUUGCUAUUACCAAUAAAGGCAUGGAUGAGCAGA